UGACACGCUGGGGAGGGAGGGGGGGUCUAUUUUUAGCCCCUGAAUGGAUCUGUGCUGGAGCCGAGCUCUCUGCCCCCGUCAAGGGUACGGCAUCAUGUUGUGCUGGGAGGAUUUUCCUGCGUGGCUCUUUGAAUGGCUCCAUCCCCACCUUAGGUCGGGGUACAGGCAUGGAUAACUUCGAGUACAGCAUCCAGCUGAACGACAGGGAAUGGGCUGAGUUCUUCUUGGCCUCAGAGGAGUGCAACCUCGCCCCGGCCUCGCUGGCCACGGCCGAGGAGCAGUGCCUCAGUGACAUUGAGCAAGGGGACGGCCACGCCAGCCCCGACAGGCUGAUCCCAGCCGGGCAGGGCAGCGAGCCAGCGCCUGGCACGGGGAGCUCUGCCCCACGUGGGGUGCCUGGAGACACCCCCCUGCACUGGCAGGCCGGUGGGCACCUCUCCCCGCCGGAGCUGCUGUCGGGCAGCGAGGACGAAGCGGAGCUGGGCUCGGUCGGCAGGUUCCUGUGUGAGAGCGACCAGCCCGGCUGCCCGUCCGGCCCUGCCAUGCCCAGCGCACAGAGGAGGCAGCCCCCUCGCCCCCCUGGAGCCCCCCUGACUGGCCAGGCUGGUGGCACAGCCCAGGGCAACCCAGGGCAGGACGCAGAGGGCGAAGCGGCGGCGGCGGAGAAAGGAGCGGCCGGAGGCAGCCGGGACGUGGAGCCCCCCGGCACCCCAAGCACCCCCGAGCCGGGAGGGGACACAGGAGGGGGACAACCCCACGGCAGCGAGGUGGUGGCACAGCCGGGGACUCCGGUGGGGGGCAGUUCACCAGCACCCCCUGCCAGGAAGAGGCAUCCCAGUGCUUCCCACUCGGAGCCCAAGCUGCGGGGACCCUCGUGUGACCCCCCCAGCCCAUCCCUGGGGGCUGCGCAGGAGGCGAGCGGGGAGAGGGCGGGGGCCGAGCAGAGCUCCCCGGCCGGGUCCCCCAGCGUGGUGAGGCCCAAGGUGCCAGGGCAGCAGAAGAAGAGCCGCAAGCAGCGAGGGGCCAGCACUGCCGAGGGGGACAGGGAGCCUGGGGGGGCUGUGGCUCAGGGGCCCACACAGGGACCCGGGAAGGCACCUCCGGGCUCGCCAAUGUCCUCUCGGAAGAGCAAAGGGAAGGAGAAGGCGGCCAAGGCGGCUUUGGGGAGGAUGAGCAGUGAGGAGGCGGCGGAGAGCAAGCCGCCGGUGCCCGGCCCUGGCGUGGAUGAGGAGGAUCCAGCUGGGAGUGCUCCCCCGAGGCAGAAGGGGAAGGAGCCAGGGGCACAGUCCUCAGGCAAGACAAAGGCCACCAAGCCCUCAAAGGCAGGGCAGGCUGGUGGCUUGGGCGUACGUGACGGUGCACCAGUGAUCCCUGACAACGGAGCCGUGGCUCCUUCGGGAGAGGCAUGCCAGGAGAUGCCAGGGAAGCCUCUCCAACCCAAGAGCAUGGCAGCUUUUGGAGGGGAUGCUGCUGAGGGAGCCUGGAGGGAUCCUGCAGCUGAGAUCCCUGGAGUUGCUGCAGCUGAAAUCCCUGGGGUUCCUGCAGCUGAGAUCCCUGUGGUUCCUGCAGUUAAGAUCCCUGGAGUCCCUGCAGCUGAGAUCCCUGGAGUCCCUGCAGCUGAGAUCCCUGGAGUCCCUGCAGCUGAGAUCCCUGGAGUCCCUGCAGCUGAGAUCCCUGCGGUUCCCGCAGCUGAGAUCCCUGUGGUUCCUGCAGCUGAGAUCCCCGCGGUUCCUGCAGCUGAGAUCCCCAGGAAGCCCUCAGAGAUCCCCAUGGUUCCUUCAAUUGAAAUCCCUUGGGAGCCUGCCCCUGAGAUUCCCAGGAAGCCUUCAUCUGGGAUCCCCAGGUCUCCUCCUAUUGACAUCCCUAGGAAGACUGCAGCUGGGAUCCCCAGGGUUGCUACUCCUGAGAUCCCCUGGGGACCUGCCCCUGAGAUCCCCAGGAAGCUGAGCCCCCCGUGCUUUGCAGAUGGGGCUUCUGCAAGGUCAAACACCCUGGAUGUGACCUGGCCUGAGAUGUAUGACUAUUUUUUCUGUGAUUCCCAAGAGGAAGAAGAACUGGGGAGCUCAGUGGAGGGGCGGAGAUCACCCUUGCAAAGGGAAAUAUCCUGGCCUGAACUGUACGAGUAUUUUUUCAAUGAACCAGAAGGAAACAGGAAAAAAGUCAAAGGUAAAGACAGGAAAAGAAAGAAGUUCAGCAGCUUGGACCACACUGGGCUGCAAAAUGAGGAUCCCAGCUCAGCUGCAGUCAAGGACACUGUGAUUAUCUCAGUCCCCGAGGUGUGUGAACACUUCUUCCCAGAGACACCUAGGAACAGGAUGGGCUGGAGAGGGAUUUUCUCAAUCGCUCCAGCCUCCGAGGUGAAGAGAGCUGUGGGGGCUCUGAAGUCCCUCCUGCAAAGGCAAAUCCACCCCGACAGUGGCCAAGACCCAGCCUCCCAGGCUCUGGUGCCGAGAGGAUCCGCAGAGAAGUUCGCCCUCGUCCCACUGGCUCCCCCGGGAAGAGGCCAAGUGUGGCCAGAGGGUGAGGAGAUGGCCCUUGCACUGAGAGGGACAGCAGAGGAUCCACGAGUGCUGACCCACAAAGACAUGUGCCUGGUGUUCUGUGCCUUUGCAUCCUGGGCAGUGAAGACAUCUGACCUGCAGGCUCCGGAUGCCUGGAAGACCAUGUUCCUGGCAAGUUUUGGCACGCUCUCUGCCAUCCGCUACUUCCGGAGGCAGGUCAGAGAAGGACAACCCCGGACUUAGGCUCAGCCCACACUGGAGGUGCUUCCUGGGGACAGGUGGGCACGGUGGAGGCAGAGACUGGGGACUUUGUUCUUGGACAGUGUGAGAAGCCUGGAUCCCAGCACCAAGACUUCUCUGGACCCAUCCCUACACGGGACAGGACGUCACAGGAAGCAGGAUCGUUCCGGUGACAGGAAUUGAUGGCACGGUAGGCAGUCGGUACCUGUACUGGAGAAAAGGGGAGCCCAGCCUGGGCUGGCUCUGGUCUUUCCUUGCACUCUCCUGGGACACUCCCUAGGAGCAGCCAGUGUCUGUUCCAGGGCACUGCUUAUCCCUCCUCCCCGCUCAAGUCACCUGGUGGCAAAGGAAGGCACUGACGUGGUGGUGGAGGGAGGUGAGGGCAAAAGAAACCGGGAAAGUGCUUCACUGGUAUGAAAGAGCUGGGAUGUCUGUGAAGGAAGAGUGGAGAGAGCUUUGGGAAAAGCUGUCUGUCCAAACAUGGGGCUUGGCUAAGCAUGUGCUGGCUGGGCAGCAGCUAAAAGGGGAUGAAGGGGCCGCUCUCCUGGCAGAGCCCAGGGCUCCCAUGACUGCUUUGGCUCACUGCAGGAGGACUCAUCCUCUUGGAAUUCACUCCUAGAAGUCACAGUUCAGUGUAACAGUUCAGGAUGCUGAGAUAAGGUUUCUGUAGCAUGCAGCCACCUCAGCCUCGCUGAGCCAGAGCCACGUCUGUCCCCGUGGGUGAGGAGCACCCGCUGCAAGGACACAUCCCAAACCCGUAGGCAGAGGAUGGACGGGGGUCACACAGCCAGAGCUGGGGAAGGGGCAGCCAGGAAGGGUUCUGCAGGAGAUGCACAGGAUGGAAAGGGGCAGCAGAGGAAGGGGCUGAGCUCAGGGAAGUCUCAGGAAAGAGCCCUGACGAGGACAGGAGCAUGUCGGAGAGGAGGAAGAAGCACGUGUACGUGUUUGGCUCUGCCCAAACCACACAAAGGGUCUGGAUAUAUGACUUGUUCCCUCUUCUGCCUCCCACCCUGGAGGGGGAAAGUUGGCUGGGGGAGAUGUGGGGUGAGGGGGUGCUGUGGCUGAGUCUGUAACCUGGGGGCCUGGGAAGGGCUCGAGGGGGCCCAGAAUGGAAGGUGGGGUGAAAAAUAAAAAGGAAGCAAUUCAGUUCCUCCCCUGUCUCCAGUGCCUUCCUCAUCACUCAAGGGCAUUAUUCAUGAGGGUUUUUCUUGACUCCCAAGUCUGGUAACAGCAUGAAUGUGAGAUUAAGCACUCAGGGACCAGAUCCACAAAGGUACUAAGGAAAAUCAUCCCAGAAUACCAGUGUGGAUCUGCCUGUGAGCUUUAUAGGAAUGAUGUGGUGAUGUUUGCCUCAUGAAACUAGAGAGGGGAGGUUUAGCUCUUUCCUUGUAAUGCAGAGUGCCAUGCAAUUUUAAUGUGUGUAGGGAUGGACUGAAGACCAUGUAUUGUUGCUGAUAAGAGAGCACACUGUGCAAUUGUGCAGUGAGAUAUGUAACUGUAAGUAGUGAGAGAGAUGUACAGGCUCUAUAUGGACUAUAGCAGCUGUAUAUCCAGUAAGAGGAGUUUUGUGGAGGAGAAGAACAGAUAAAACAUGCUGGAAGCUUCUAAUAAAGUUCUAUUUCAUUUACUA